AUGGCCUCCCACUCUGCUGGCUCGCGAACCGAGCUCUUUGACUCCGCCGUCGCUGUUCCCUCCGAUUCGGAAAACUACUCGGCAAACAACGAGAUGACUUCGACACAGUCGGAGUCUCCAUCAAGCUCCAGUUCUAGUGCACCUAUGAUCCUCUACCAGCCUCCUAGCAUCUGGGGUCUCCUGCGUGGUGCUGCGAUCAAUUUAUUCCUUCCCUUCGUGAACGGCCUGAUGCUGGGAUUCGGCGAACUGUUCGCCCAUGAAGCGGCUUUCCGCCUGGGAUGGUCGAAUACCAAGAUCUUCCCGACUUAUCGCCGUGCACACCCCGUGGGCCCGGGUGUCGAGAUUCGCGAGCUUCCGUCAGAGCGCCGUAGGAUCUUGAACGAUACAGCCUCUCUGGAGUGA